AGAGGAGGUGGCAACAGCAGCAGCAGCAGCAGCGGCGGUGCAGCCGCCGCAGGAGGACGGGUAACGUUGCUGCAGCGGACAGGGACGAAGGAGAGGAAGAAGAGGAGGAGAAGGAGAAGCAGCUGCAGGUCGGAGCCGGGAGGCGUUGCCCGGGAGGGGUCCCGGGCAUCCCCCAGCCCUGGGCAUCCCGCAGUGAGACAGACGGUCGCGGGGGGGCCGCCGCCGCCGUAGCCAUGGGGAACCGCGGGAUGGAGGACCUCAUCCCCCUGGUCAACAAGCUGCAGGACGCCUUCUCCGCCAUCGGCCAGAAUGCCAACCUGGACCUGCCGCAGAUCGCCGUGGUGGGCGGCCAGAGCGCGGGCAAGAGCUCCGUGCUGGAGAAUUUCGUGGGGAGAGACUUCCUGCCCCGCGGCUCUGGCAUCGUGACCCGCCGGCCCCUGGUCCUGCAGCUGGUGAACGCCUCCACAGAAUAUGCCGAAUUCCUGCACUGCAAGGGGAAAAAGUUCACAGACUUCGAUGAGGUGCGUCUGGAGAUCGAGGCGGAAACAGAUCGGGUCACCGGCUCCAACAAGGGCAUCUCUCCCGUGCCCAUCAACCUGCGAGUCUACUCUCCUCAUGUGCUGAACCUGACCCUGGUGGACCUGCCCGGGAUGACCAAGGUGCCCGUGGGGGACCAGCCGGCGGACAUCGAGUUCCAGAUCCGGGAAAUGCUCAUGCAGUUCGUCACCAAGGAGAACUGCCUCAUCUUAGCCGUGUCACCGGCCAACUCCGACCUCGCCAACUCCGACGCCCUGAAGAUCGCCAAGGAGGUCGACCCUCAGGGCCAACGCACCAUCGGUGUCAUCACUAAACUGGAUCUUAUGGACGAAGGCACCGAUGCCCGGGAUGUGCUGGAGAACAAGCUGCUGCCGUUGCGGAGAGGCUACAUCGGGGUGGUGAACCGGAGUCAGAAGGACAUUGACGGCAAGAAGGACAUCACGGCCGCCCUGGCCGCCGAGCGCAAGUUCUUCCUGUCCCACCCGUCCUACCGCCACCUGGCAGAACGCAUGGGCACCCCCUUCCUGCAGAAAGUCCUGAACCAGCAACUGACCAACCACAUCCGGGACACCCUGCCCGGCCUGCGGAACAAGCUGCAGAGCCAGCUGCUGUCCAUCGAGAAGGAGGUGGAUGAGUACAAGAACUUCCGUCCCGAUGACCCCGCCCGCAAGACCAAAGCCCUGCUCCAGAUGGUCCAGCAGUUUGCCGUGGACUUUGAGAAGCGGAUCGAGGGCUCCGGGGACCAGAUCGACACGUACGAGUUGUCUGGCGGUGCCCGCAUCAACCGCAUCUUCCACGAACGCUUUCCCUUUGAGCUCGUCAAGAUGGAAUUUGACGAGAAGGAACUGCGCAGGGAGAUCAGCUAUGCCAUCAAGAACAUCCACGGCAUCAGAACGGGGCUGUUCACCCCGGACAUGGCCUUUGAGACCAUUGUGAAAAAGCAGGUGAAGAAGAUCAAAGAGCCCUGUCUGAAAUGUGUGGACAUGGUGAUCUCGGAGUUAAUCAAUACCGUUAGACAGUGCACCAAGAAGCUCCAGCAGUACCCCCAUCUGCGGGAGGAGAUGGAACGCAUCGUCACCACCCACAUCCGCGAGCGAGAGGGACGCACCAAGGAUCAGGUCAUGCUCCUCAUAGACAUUGAGCUCGCUUACAUGAACACUAACCAUGAGGACUUCAUCGGCUUUGCCAAUGCCCAACAGCGAAGCAACCAAAUGAGUAAGAAGAAGGCAGCAGGAAACCAGGGUGGUGGCACUGGUUGCCUUGGAAAGGAUGAGAUCCUGGUGAUCCGGAAGGGCUGGCUGACCAUCAACAACAUUGGCAUCAUGAAGGGUGGCUCUAAGGAGUACUGGUUUGUGCUGACAGCCGAGAACCUGUCGUGGUACAAGGAUGAUGAGGAGAAGGAGAAGAAGUACAUGCUGCCCGUGGACAACCUGAAGCUCCGAGACGUGGAGAAGGGCUUCAUGUCGAGCAAGCACAUCUUUGCCCUCUUCAAUACGGAGCAGAGGAACGUGUACAAGGAUUACCGACAGCUGGAACUGGCCUGCGAGACCCAGGAGGAGGUGGACAGCUGGAAGGCAUCGUUCCUGCGGGCGGGAGUGUACCCAGAAAGGGUUGGGGACAAGGAGAAAGCCAGCGAGAGCGAGGAGAAUGGCUCGGACAGCUUCAUGCACUCAAUGGACCCCCAGCUGGAGCGGCAGGUGGAGACCAUCCGCAACCUGGUGGACUCCUACAUGGCCAUCGUUAACAAGACCAUCCGGGACCUAAUGCCCAAGACCAUCAUGCACCUGAUGAUCAACAACACCAAGGACUUCAUCCACUCGGAGCUGCUGGCCAACCUGUACUCGUGCGGGGACCAGAACACGCUGAUGGAGGAGUCGGCGGAGCAGGCUCAGCGGCGGGACGAGAUGCUGCGCAUGUACCACGCCCUGAAGGAGGCCCUCAACAUCAUCGGGGACAUCAACACCACCACUAUCAGCACCCCCAUGCCCCCGCCCGUGGACGACUCCUGGCUGCAGGUCACCCACCUCCAGCCCCACCCCGCAGCGGCGAGCUCCGGCCGUGCCCCCAGCCCGCCCCGGCUCCCGGGGCCCUGCUCCUGGGCCUCCGCCUGCUGGAUCCGCCCUGGGGGGGGCCCCCCCCCGUGCCCUCCAGGCCGGGGGCGUCCCCUGACCCCUUUGGGCCCCCUCCUCAGGUGCCCUCCCGCCCCAACCGCGCCCCUCCGGGCGUGCCCAGAAUCACUAUCAGUGACCCCUGAGGACUCAGAGCCACGCAGGAAGGGCCCCGUCUCACCUACGCGACCUGCCAACCCCCGCCCGGCCGAGCCGCCCCUCCUAGAUCUGUAACCCUGCCGCCUCUCCCCGCCACCGAGGCCCACGGCCCUCCCGCAACCCCCUCCUCCCUCUCCAUCCUCCAGCCGGCCGGGACCCAGGGUGGGGGCCGGUUGGUCCAUUCCCCCUCUACAGAAGGGCGGUCCGGCUCUCUUGGGGGCCUGAUCUUUGACUUUUCCUUCUUAGCACAAGAGCCAAACCUUGUUUUGCGACUCAAGCCCAAACCCUCGAAGCGCCGUGACCUGGUGGCUGCGCGCUUUCUGGCCGCGGAGGCUUGUGAGGGAUCUGAGCCAGGGAAGGGGGAACUACAGCUCCCAGUGUUGAACGCUCCCCACGGGGCAGAGAACUGGGGCCUUGAGGCCUCUGUGAGUGGGUGUGUGUGGAUGCCGUGUGCGUAGAUGUGGGUGUUGGCAUGUCUGGGGAGCAGCCCUGCCGGCCGCUGGGUGAGGAACCCCCCCCUUUCCCCUCCCUAGACUGAACCCCAAGCCCUUCCUCCUCCUCUUCCCAAUCUCUUCCCUCCAUCCCUGGCUUCCACUGCUGUCACCGCCUUCACCCCCUCCUCUGCCCUACUGCCUCUCAGGCCGCUCCGCUCUCCAUCUUGGGUGCCCUCGCCUUACCCGUUUUCUUCUCUCUCUCUCUCUUGCCCCUCUCCCAGCCGUGCGGGGCAGGCCAGCCCAUCCCGGCCCGAGAGCCCCCGGCCACCAUUUGACCUGUAACCCGGCUCCUCCUCCAGGAUUCUCUCCCUU